CUAUCACCUGUGUUUCUGUGCUGGCUUCUUUACUCUCUGUCUGAAAGACUGAAAUAAAUCUCAUACUUCCCAAGACAAAUCAAGAACAACAGUCAAGUCUUCAACACAAUGCUCAACUUAAAGCCAGCAUCUCUAAGCUUCUUGCUGCUCUGCUUACUUGUGAUCUCAGCUGCUCAGAGAUCUCCAUGGAAGACAUUAAGUGGAGAUCCGCCGUUAGCCGUUGCCCGUGGUGGCUUUUCUGGCAUAUUCCCGGAUUCCAGUAUGAACGCAUACACCUUGGCAUUAAUUACUGGCUUACCUGAUAUGGUAUUGUGGUGUGACGUACAGUUAACUAGUGAUGGAGCCGGGAUCUGUUUCCCGGAACUUACUCUUAACAAUGGUUCAGACAUUGGGGCGCUUUUCAACGAAAGCAGUAACACCUACCUUGUGAAUGGUGUUAGUAGAACGGGAUGGUUUUCAUUGGAUUUCACCCUAGAUGCGCUCGUGAAUGUAUCCUUGACGCAAGGAGUUUUCUCUCGGUCCAAUCUGUUUGAUAGUAGCCUCUUCCAAAUAGUUACUGUCGAAGAAGUGGCUAGACAAUUGAAACCCCCUAGUUUGUGGUUAAAUGUUCAGCAUGACGCAUUUUUCAGCCAACAUAAUUUAAGCAUGAGAAGCUUCGUGAUAUCUGCAUCUAGAAGUGUUAUCGUGAAUUAUAUUUCAUCACCGGAGGUUAACUUUUUGAGAAGUAUCGUCACACGAUUCAAACCGAGCCCAACCAAACUUAUUUUUCGAUUUCUCGGACAGAGUGAUAUUGAGCCUUCUACUAAUCAAACCUACGGCUCUCUGCUGAAGAAUCUUACAUUUAUUAAAACAUUUGCUUCUGGAAUCAUAGUUCCAAAAACUUACAUAUGGCCUACAGAUAAAGAUCUAUAUUUGUUGCCUCAUACCUCAGUCGUCUUGGAUGCUCAUAAAGAGGGACUUGAAAUAUUUGCAUCUGAUUUUGCAAAUGAUAUACCGUUUGCUUAUGAUUACAACUAUGAUCCUGUAGCAGAGUAUUUAAAUUUCAUUGACAACGGCAACUUUUCUGUGGAUGGCGUGCUUUCUGAUUUUCCAAUAACCCCGUCAGAGGCCAUAGAUUGUUUCUCUCAUAUGGACAAAAACAAUUCUGGACCAGCAAUCCCUUUGGUCAUUUCACACGAAGGAGCAAGUGGAGAAUACCCUGGUUGUACUGAUUUAGCGUAUAAACAGGCUAUUUCAGAUGGCGCUGACGUUCUUGACUGUCCUGUCCAAAUGUCUAAGGAUGGGGUACCAUUUUGUUUAGGCUCUAUAAACCUUAUAGAUCGAACCACUGCUGCUCAAUCCUUCAGCAACUUAGUAGUUAACGUCCCUGAGCUUAAUACUGAGGGAAUAUUCUCCUUCAAUGUCAACUGGAGUGACAUACAAACUCUGAAACCGGUGAUAUCAAAUCCCGAUCUAGGCGCAUUUUUGUAUCGGAAUCCUAGAAACAAGAAUGCUGGAAGUUUUGUGGCAUUAUCCGACUUCUUGGCCUUGGCAAAUAAUGCAACAUCUAUAUCUGGUGUUUUGAUCCGCAUUGAGAAUGCAUCCUACCUAGCAGAAAAACAAGGACUGGGCGUGGUAGACGCUGUUGUCGAUGCAUUGAGCAAAGCUGGUUACAAUAAUCAGACAAACAAAAAAGUAAUGAUUCAAUCUUCAAAUAGUGCUGUUCUUAUUAAACUCAAGGAAGAUAAAAACAACUAUGAGUUUGUUUAUGAGGUUGAGGAGGAUAUCCGUGACGCCUUGAAUUCGACAAUUUUGGAUAUCACAAAAUUCGCCAAUUCUCUGGUUAUCAACAAAAAUUCCGUGUUUACUAAAAAUAUUGGAUUCCUCACUGGUGCUACAGAUGUUGUUUCAAAGCUGCAAGCAUUUAAGCUACCUGUCUAUGUACAACUUUUUCGAAAUGAGUUUUAUUCUCAAGCAUGGGACUUCUUUUCUGAUGCAUAUGUGGAGUUGAAUUCAUUUGUUGCUGGUGCGGGGAUUGAUGGUGUCAUUACUGAUUUCCCUGGGACAGCCAACAAAUACAGAAGGAACCCUUGCUUAUCUUUAGGAAAGGAUACACCAAGUUACAUGACUCCCGUAGGUCCCGGAAGUCUCUUAACAGUCAGUGAAACUCAGCCACCAGCUGUAGCUCCCAGCCCGGUCCUGGAUGUGUCUGAUGUGACGGAACCCCCAUUUCCUUCUGUUGCCGCAAAACCAGACAGUGAUACUGGCGCUACAGCACCACCGCCUCAGCAACCAAGUGGGCAAGCUAAAGUAGUUGCAGGCAUUUUCCUGUCAAACAUUGCUAUUAUUCUUGCCACUGUGUUGCUAAUUUGACUGCGGAACUCCCACGUAAUUUUUUGCAUAUUCCUACAUUUUCGCUGUUCUGUAGCUCAAAUUUUCAGAUGUUUGGAGCUCAGAUGAAUAUGGUUUAGUUAUCUGAUGUUCGAAGUUAGUGUCCUACUGUAGGUUCAUUCCUUUCCCUUGUAAUUUAAGAAAGCCCUUGCUGAGUACAGGGCUUGUGUAUAAAUCUGAGUACUAUAACACUAUUAUUUUUUUAUUUAUGGUAUUGGCAUUAUUCUUUGGCUGUAAAA